AUGCAAACCUUUGCCGCAAUGGUCUUGGUUCAAAGCCACGGAGCGCUUCGUGUGCUUGCUCGUGGUAGCCGCGCAAUGCUGAAGCCAGUAGCGCCUUUCUCGAUGGCGCGCUUCGCAGUGCGCGCUCAUAACCCCGCAUGCACUACUUCGCGGCGGCUGUUUGCCACAGAGGACCAGCAGCGCCGCUCUGAUGUGCAGCGCCUGGAUAUUCCGAGUGCCAGUGCGUCGAUUUACACUCCUCAAGAUACUUUUCUGCACCGCCAUAUUGGGCCCCGCGCCGAGCAGGUCGACCACAUGCUGAAGAAGCUCGGUUACAACACACUGGACGAGUUUGUCGCGGAGACAGUUCCCUCCGAGGUCCGCCUGGAACAAACUGACAAGCUUGUUAAUUUGAUCCCUCCCAUGUCCGAGUCGGAAGCGAUGCACCGUGGAAACGAGAUUGCAGCACAAAACAAGCAGUUUCGCUCCUACAUUGGUAUGGGCUACAACAACACCAUCGUGCCUGCCGUGGUGAUGCGCAAUGUGCUCGAGAACCCCGCGUGGUACACGAGCUACACGCCCUACCAGCCCGAGAUUUCGCAGGGCCGCCUUGAAUCCUUGCUUAACUACCAGACCUUGGUGAAGUCGCUCACCGGCCUCGACAUUGCUAACGCGUCCCUCUUGGAUGAAGGCACUGCCGCUGCCGAGGGCAUGAUUCUCGCGUUUAACAACGUCAAGAGCAAGAAGAGGAAUUUGUUUCUGGUCGAUGAAAACGUUUUGCCGCAGACUUUGGCGGUGCUCAAAGGCCGUGCCACUGGGUUCGGCAUCGAGAUUGCGCAAGCACCAUUGCAAGCCAACGGCAAAGCAGGCCUCCCUGCUGACAUCGAAAGCGACCGCAUCAUGGGUGUGCUUGUACAGUACCCCAACGUAAACGGCGAAAUAAUCGACUGGGCUCCUCUGGCGAAAGAGGUCAAGGCAAACGACGCACUGCUCAUUGCUGCCACGGAUUUGCUCGCUCUCACCAUGAUCACCCCUCCAGGCGAAUGGGGUGCAGAUAUCGCUGUUGGCAACUCGGCGCGUUUCGGCGUGCCGCUUGGCUACGGCGGCCCCCACGCCGGCUUCUUUGCCGCAAGCGACGCGCUGAAACGCCGUUUGCCUGGCCGUUUGAUUGGUGUAAGCCGCGAUGCGAACGGCAAUCCCGCGUAUCGUCUUGCGCUUCAAACGCGUGAGCAGCAUAUUCGCCGCGAGAAGGCCACCUCCAACAUUUGCACGGCGCAGGCGCUCCUGGCCAACUUGACGGCGAUGUAUGCAGUGUACCAUGGCCCCCAAGGCCUGCGCCGUAUUGCAGCCAAGGUACACAGCCUAACACGUGUUCUAAAGAAGGAGCUCGAGCGUCUUGGCUACCAUUUGCUGAACAAGGACGGCGCCUUUUUCGACACGAUCACGGUCGAAGUCGACGACGCCGCCCGCGUUUUGGACGAGGGUGUUAAGGCUGGCAUUAACCUUCGCCCCGUCUCUGACAAGCGCGUGGGUGUUUCUUUUGACGAAACGGUCGAGCUGCAGGACGUUUGCGACGUGGUCAAUGUGUUUGCGCGCGCGAAUGGCGGCAAGCAAGUUGGCGCCCAAGACCUCGUGAACGCGUCGGAAGAGAUGCAACUGCGUGCUAGCGACUUUGAUACCCUCGCCAUCAAGCCUGAUGAUGGCUCGGUAGACCUUGCGCGCACCACUCCCUUUUUGCAGCAGCCCGUUUUUAAUCAGCAUCGCUCCGAGACCAGCAUGCUGCGCUACAUCCACACCCUCCAGAACAAGGACCUCUCUUUGGUACAUGCCAUGGUUCCGCUCGGCUCGUGCACGAUGAAGCUGAACAGCACUGCAAGCAUGUCGCUCCUCUCGAACCCCAGCAUCGGCGGCAUCCAUCCGUUUGUUCCCCUGGACCAGGCGCAAGGGUAUCAGACGCUGAUCAAGGAGCUUGAGCACGAUCUCAGCAUCCUUACGGGCUUCCCCGCCAUCUCUUUGCAACCCAACUCGGGCGCACAAGGCGAGUUUGCUGGUCUUUCGGUCAUCCGCGCCUACUUGAACGCCCAGGGCCAACAGCACCGCAACAUUUGCUUGAUUCCCACUAGUGCCCACGGCACGAACCCAGCGUCGGCAGUCAUGGCAGGCAUGAAAGUUGUGUCGGUCAAGAACCUCGCUGACGGCACCAUUGAUCUGGAGGACUUGAAGGCCAAGGCUGAGAAGCACAAGGACCAUCUUGCCGCGACGAUGAUUACCGAGCCCGGCACGACGGGCAUCUAUUUCCCCAAGAUCAAAGAGGCGUUUGACGUUGUUCACAAAAAUGGCGGUCUCGUGUACCUCGAUGGCGCCAACUUCCAAGCGCAGGUCGGCCUCACGAAUCCCGUAGUAAUGGGUGCGGACGUGACGCACUUGAACUUGCACAAGACGUUUAGCAUUCCCCAUGGCGGUGGCGGUCCAGGCGUUGGACCGAUUGGUGUGGCUGCACACCUUGCGCCGUAUUUGCCGGGCCAUCCCCUGGUCAAUACGGGCGGCGAGCACGCGAUUGAGCCUAUUACAUCCGCCCCGUGGGGCUCCGCAUCGAUUUUGACAAUUGCUUGGGCGUAUAUCAAGAUGCUCGGCUGGACAGGCCUGCGUACUUCCACCGAGAUUGCCUUGCUUAACGCAAACUAUGUUGUCAAUGGGAUCAAGGACAAGUACAAGGUCAAGUAUGUGGGCAAGCAUGGCAACGUUGCCCACGAGCUCCUCGUGGAUGUGGCCGACUACCAGUCGCUGGGCUUGACCGUGAUGGACUUUGCCAAACGUUUGAUGGACUAUGGCUUUCAUCCCCCUACCUGUUCCUGGCCUAUCUCCACAGGCCUCUUGAUCGAGAUUACAGAGAGCGAGCCGUUGGAAGAGGUUGAACGUUUGAUUGAAGCGCUUCUUUGCAUUGCCCAAGAAGCCGAGGAAAUCAGAAACGGCAAGCAGCCCAAAGACAACAAUUUGCUGAAGAUGGCGCCACACACGAUGGAGACAAUCAGUUCCGACGAGUGGGACCGUCCGUACUCGCGCGAACGUGCGGCAUUCCCCGUGAAAGGCCUGCGUACCAACAAGUUCUGGCCCUCUGUGUCACGCAUUGACGACGCCUUUGGCGACCGCAACCUCGUAUGCGAGUGCGGCGACGUGGAGUCGUACGUGGAACAGUAA